GGGGGAGUAUAGACAUAUACUUUUUCUACUUGUCAAAUUGAUUUUUUCCCCAUAAAUUUCUUUUUGUAAAACACUCGCUUCAGACAGGGGAUUCAACGGAUUUCAGCGGAUUAUACAGUAUUAAUCUCUUUUGGACUAUUCAUUCCGCAUUCUCUCUCAAAGCGAAGCCAAGGCACUUCCAAAUCAAGACAAUUGAUUAUUCGAGCUUUAACUUGGAAUUGUUCGCUAUAGCUGUGCUGAAUAAAUGGAUUGGCAAGGGCAAAAAAUAGCAGAGCAACUGAUGCAGAUAUUGCUGUUGUCAUCUGCAAUUGUGGCGUUUUUCACAGGCUAUGUGUUGGGCUCAUUCCAGAUGAUGGUUUUCAUCUAUGGAGGCGGUGUUGUGCUCACAUCUCUCAUUACCAUUCCAAACUGGCCCGUGUUCAACCGUCACCAUCUCAAGUGGCUGGAUUCGAUUGAAGCUGAAAUGCAUCCUAAACCCCCACAGGGUAUGGGACAAGGUGAGGGCAUGGAUUGGAUUUGGACACGAGAUGAAUACGCUCCUUAGUGCAAUCAAAUGGAUCCCAAAGGAGCAACGAUGAAAGCCAAGGCUGCCCGACUUACAUUUUGUGCUGCGGUUUACUACAUUUGGGCUUUGGCAUGCAAGGAAUGAGACUAGAUUUGAUGAAGGCAAGAAAACGGAAGAGGAAGUUGUAGAGAAGAUCAGGCAUGUGGUGUACAAGAUACUCUUUAGCAUCUAUCCACAUGACUUGAUCAACUUUUGAGUGGAGUCAAACACUUUUUGGAUGCCAGGGCAUAGACUACAGUUCAGAUUAGUGUGCAUGCACCCUGCAAUACCAUUCAUAUUUUUUGACUUUUGACUUAUUGGCUGCGUAUUUUUGCUCAUAGGCCGAGUAUUGACUUAGACUAGAUUAAAAGCUUCUUCCAACCCUCUCAUUU